AUGAGCUCAGAUGUGGAGAAUGCUGAAGGUAAUGGCAUUCACACCGUGGAGCUUUGUGUUUACUCUCUGCUGUCAACAGACCUAGAUGGUAUUUACCAGUCUAUUAAUCAGUUGCGCGAAUCACAAGCUUUACUACUGUUACUUAUGCGUAAAUGCCGUGGCUCAUUAAAAUUAGAGAAUGAGGUGCUCUAUGAUAAGUCAAGCUUCGAUGACUCCUCCCACAAGCUUAACGAAUUGGAGAAGAGGAUGAACAAGCUAAUAAAACGAAUGAAUGAGAUCAAGUUGAGGAGUGAAAAGUUGGCGAAACAACAUUGA